CUCUUCCGUCAACCUCUGUAAAAACCCCAACUUUCAAAUCUUCUUGUUUCAGUUCAGUUCCUCUCUCUCUCCUCUUUCUCUCUCUAUAUUGACUUCACUCGCACGCCACACCCUCCAAGUUGUCCUCUUUAAACCUAAACCUCAGAGGUUACUAUUCCAUUAGGGGUUUCUCCUUCGCGCACUAAAGAAACACGUUUUCCUUUUCUUUCAGAUUUCGUUUUCCUUUUCUUUCAGAUUUCGCUUUCCCGACAUUCCCUCCACCGAUUUUCAGAUAUAACCACAAAAUCUUCUUCAAUCUUCUCCAAUACCCAGAAUUUGAUUUCUUCAAAUUCACCCAAAUUCGCAGUCUUUCUCCUCCGACCACCAUGAAGUGUUUGAAAAUUUUUCUUCUUUUUUCCCUGCUUUCCGUCGCGUUUUCUCACGAGACCUUCGACUCCCACCUCCUGCCGCGGCCGUUGAUCCUUGAAUACCAAGAAAUCACCGAGACCCAGUCCAAGGAAUUGGAGGAUGAGAUCAGAUUACACUGCGCCAGCUGGAGAUUUUCUGUGGAAGCAAACAAUGUCAAUCCCUGGAAAACAAUCCCGGAGGAGUGUGCGGAGUAUGUCAAGGAUUACUUGACGGGUCGGGCUUACGGGUUCGAUCUCGAAAGGGUGUCUAAGGAGGCUGGGCUUUACGCCAAGAGUGUUGAGUUGAAUGGUGAUGGAAAGGAUGUGUGGAUUUUCGACAUUGAUGACACGUUGCUCUCUAAUCUUCCCUAUUAUGCUGACCAUGGUUACGGCUUGGAGGUUUUUGAUAAUGUGGAGUUUGAUAAGUGGGUUGAGAAGGCCAUGGCGCCUGCCGUAAAGUCCAGCUUGAAACUCUAUGAAGAGGUCUUGAGUUUGGGUUUUAAGGUCUUCUUGCUCACGGGGCGCACUGAAGGGAAAAGGAAGGUUACCGUUGAGAAUCUGAACAAUGCAGGGUUUCGAGAUUGGCAUAAGCUUAUUUUGAGGUCCGCUGAUGACCGCGAGAAACUGGCGACGAUUUACAAGUCCGAGAAGAGGGGUGAGAUGGAAAAGGAGGGAUAUAGAAUACUUGGGAAUUCCGGGGACCAGUGGAGUGAUUUACUGGGUACCUCAGUCUCCCUCCGCUCGUUCAAGCUUCCGAAUCCUAUGUAUUAUAUUCCAUGAUAGGGUAGGCAUCAUUCGUUUCAAAACUAUCGAACCGAUUUAUGCAAAUGAAGCUGUCGUAUAAUUGUUGUGCAGCUUGUACCGAUUUAAUUCAUGAUGCCACACACACACACAUAAAACAGUGAGUUGUUCAUAUCAAACUGCAUCAUAUAUAUUGGAAUCCCAUUUCAGAGAGAAAAUUGUAAUGGAGCUCUUUGGCUGCUUGGAAUUGUACUGGACCACUUGUGUGAGUA